GAGAAGCAGCAAGACUGGCCCGACCAAGACAAGGAAAACGUGUAGCAUACCAUUGCAAAUGCAAAAAGGGUUGUCUGCUGGCUAGAGCGUGUCCUUGUGUCCGAAGUGGUGGUUCUUGCCACAGCAAAUGCCAUCAUGGCAAGCACUGCAAGAAUGAAACAUCUCCAAAACAUGUGCAACAACCAAACGAAAGCAAGGACAUCAAUCUGUAUCUGCGACAUCUGCAUCCUUUGAAGCUCCAUCAAAUACUACAACUUCUGUCUCCACUACAACACUUAGACUUACUCCAACAUCUCUCCAAUACAACAUUUGUGUCUACUUUUGCCACAGCUGUCUGCACAACGAAAACCCAAUCUAAUGCAUGUACAUUAGUUCAAUCAAGUCAAACAACGACAUCACUUGUCCUUGAUUCUAGAGACACUCAACCCAGAACUUCAUCCUUCUUCAACACCAGGACCCAGAACCUACAUCAUUUGUCUCCUCUAUAACACAGCCAAACACAUCACCUCUCCUCAAAAAACUCCGGCAACCAAGUAAAGUAUCUUUGUCAAUGCAGGGAACAAUAUCAUCAUUCUUUUAAAAGACCCAUCACAAUUCCACCAACUUUUUCGUCUAGUGCUCUAACAAACACUACAACGUCCCCACAUAUAGUUACCGUCCCUUUAACUUCUCCAGAAAGGACAUCGUCUACUGGCCAAGCAGGAACUGAGCAACGUACAGUGACAGUUUCCAAUAGAAAAGAGCUAAGUGCUCCAACAACUUCACCAGCCUCGGAGCCAGGUAAAAGCAGUGAUACAAUGGCUGACUACCAAAAAAGUCCACCAAGUAUGCUAUCAAUGGGGCCUGUAACACAGUGUGGAUGUCAUGAUGGUUGUGCCGUGUUGAAGAGAUGCAUUUGUCGUCGAAAACAGCAACUGUGUUCUCCAAGCUGCCAUCGUGGAAGGUGCUGCAAUAGCACAAUAGUUGAUAAAUCACGCACAGUUACACUGGAUAGCAGUGAUGAAGAUACUGAUGAAGUCAAUCCAAUUACCGGUAAGAUGUGGUUGCCUCUAAUGCACUUAACCCUAGAAGAUGAACAACAUCUAAUAAACUCUGAAUGGUUGAACGACCAACACAUUUCAGCAGCACAAGAAUUGCUGAAAAAGCAAUUUCCAAAUGUAGGUGGUUUGCUGUCACCACUCAUCGGAACAUCUACAGUAGGGUUUGCUCCAGCUGAUGUAGGAGCUGUCCAAAUUCACAACAGCGACUGUCUUCACUGGUUAACGUCGACAGUUGGAAUAUUCAAUCCAACUUGUGUUGAGAUUUUUGACAGCCUGUCAAGUGGACAUCUUAGCCUUUCUCUUCGAAGCCAGCUGUCAGAUCUCUACAGGUUGGUGGCAGAUGACGAUGGAAAAAUUAGAACGAUCAUCAAAUCGGUUCAACAGUAGCGGCUAGGAAAAGGAAACUGCGGCCUUUUCGUGAUAGCCUUUGCCACUUCCAUUUGCUAUGGUGUAGAGCCAAGCAGCACAAGUUAUUCAGAGCAUUCUUUACGUCGCCAUCUCCACCAACGUUUAGAGUCUGGAACUAUGACUCCAUUUCCCGAGUCAAAGCUGUCAGUGAGGAGGGCAGUUGAAACUAAGGUACAAAUUAGCAUCCACUGCACCUGCUUUAGCCACUUGCCAGGAUGUAAGAUGACCCAGUGCAACAGCUGCAACAACUGGUUUCAUGUGAAGUGUGUGUCACGUCCCAAAGAAAGAGCCAGGAUUGUUCAUCAGGCAACUUGGUCCUGCCACAGCUGUUUGGACAGAUCAAAUUAAACAGCACCUGCGGAUGUGUCUAAAUACUUAUUAUGUCUCCCUUGUUCUCUCCUACUGUACUCAUUGUGUGUGUGUGUGUGUGUGUGUGUGUGUGUGUGUGUGUGUGUGUGUCUGUGUGUGCCCAUGUUCUCGAAAAUUUGUCAUUUACCUUAGUUAGGUAAUUUGCUAGCGUAACCUAUUGUUGCUACUCUUCUAAGUUGUAAAGCUUGUGCUCGAUCUGUCUUGUGCUUUAGCCUUAGACAGUAAUAUAUAAAUAGAAUGAAUGUUAAAUAAUCACCAGAGUUCUAAAUGUAUAGUGCAAGUCGAGAUAUCAUUAGAAAUGAAGAAACACAGAUGAUAU